AUGUUCAAGUUACAAGCUAGCCUGUUGCCAUUGGCAUAUGGCAUCAUUACAAUGUCAUCAUUCAUAUUGACAUUGAUCUUUGCCUACUACCUGCACUUUGCCCGUGUGACCAGAACACAUUGUGGACUGUACGAGUUCCUGCCAUCAAUCUCAUCGACCAUUGGUGACUUCUCACCAGAGAUGAACAUAUACCGCUACGGAAUGGCCCUGACAAGUGGCCUGCGUCUCGGCACCAUCUACCUCAACCACUACCUGGCACACGAGGACCGUCAGACUCUGCUCUUGCAGUCCAGUCACUUUGGACCAUCUGUGCACGAGUCUGUACGCAAGCUUGACUGGCUCAUCCCAGUGUCCACCGUGCUCGAUGUGCUGCGCGUCUUUGCCGCUGGAGGUUGGAUCUACAUCUCGUCGUCGGAGCACCUCUUUGCCCAUCAGAUCGGCUUUGUCAGCUACGUCAUCUUCUCGUUCGCCUUUAUGUACACACACAGUGCCGUGCUCUACCACACACGCAUCAAGUUCAAGUACAACGCUCAAGGCAACCGUAGUCUGAGCAGCUUGCUCCUCACCAGCUACAGCUCCAAGACCCAAAAGGACAUUUUCUCAUGGAAGUGGAAGGUCAUCCUUGGUAUCACUCAUUUCCUCCUCUUUGUUGGCUCCCUCAAGUACUUUGUUGAUCAUACAUUCUACUGUGUCUACUUGUCAUAUAGCAAGUACUCGAUAUUCGAAUGGCUGUUGGCGUUUACCAACGUUGGCUAUGAUACAUUGACGUUCCUGGAGUUUGAUGGUCUAUACUUUACACUUCACAGAGACAAGAAGGACUUUUAA